UCAGUGUCUGAUGAUGAAUUUCCCCCACCAAUCAUUAUCACUCAAUUCUGCAAGUGGUUCUGAUUUACUAUCUGUUCUCUAGCCGGUCUAAAACCGCGUCUGACCUAAAGGGACGCUUUUUGGACGCCAUGGACGUUUCUCAGUUUUCAGGCAGAAAGAACAGUAACAAUGCAGGCAGGGCGCCGGACAAAGCACUCGGGACAAAAUGUAUGUGAAAUGGUUGGAUACAGCAAUGUUUUGCUGUGUAAUAUUCGUUUACAAAAAAUGACAGCUUUUGCCAUUUUUAAAUUUGCCGCCGGUUCUGGCCCCCAUACGUCCCAACAUCACAGGGACCGGAACAUGGAAACCAGAUGCUGGCAUUGGCCGGAGGAGAUGGCCGGGGGCGCUGCAGGG